CUGGUGAUACUGGAUUUCCCAUUCACACCAACACCAUGAGAAUUGUGGAGGCAAAUUAUUAUCUUUAUUGCUAAUUCCUUCUAUAAAAUAUGCAGUUCAAAUAAAUAGGUGCCGGUUAUGCGUAUACACCCCCCACCCCACCCCUUUAUCAUAGAAUACAUUGAAAUAGCCUAAUGUGUUGCUUAUAAACAGCAAUUUUAGACCACUGCUAUCUUGCAUAGGAGUGGAAUAGCCAGAGGAAGCCUACAAAUCAAGAGUUAUUUGCUUAUGUGUAGCCUGUUUGCAUUUGGCUAUUGUAUGUUUGCAUAACAUUGCCUGUCUCUAGUAAACAUGGUUUAAGACGACAAUGAUGAUAAUGGAAUGAUAAUUGUAUCGCCAUGUUAUGAUGACAUGGCAUGGGCUUUAUGAUGAUGGAUAUAUGAGUAACCAUAGAUAUGUGAGCAACGAUGCCUCGCCAUUCAUGUCACGUGGGCUGAACUAAGGCUGUGGCUGGGGAAGCUAGACAUUUAGAUGUUGCUAUUGCAUCUGUGCAAGACAUUGACUGCAGUAAAACUUAAAAAAAAAAACAGAAAACAGCAAUAAAGCAUGCACCUUUAAAGAAAACAUUAACAAUUGUUGGCAUCAUAACCACACUGCAAAAGUGUUGCAUUCAAGUUAUGCAUCACCUACCAUCACAAAUAGAACUCAAUUCUGUGGGAAACAGCCAUCUUAUAGCUAGCCGGCCUAACCGAUUGGGGGGGGGGGGGGGGGGGGGGUUGGAGGUGGCGUGUAUAUGUCCAGAGAAUUUUAAAUAUUUUGUGUUUUUAGCUCGUUCUGCCGGGACGCUAGUGCAGAUCUUCCAAAGACUCCUUGCUCUAGUUUGGUUAUAUAGGCCUUUACUGCUACCAUGAAUAUAAGCUUUACAAUGAAGAGGAUAGGAUAUGAUGACAUUGCCCUGAUGGUAUGAUGACAUGAAUAUUCAUGUACUAGAAUCUAGAAUCUAGUACAUCUAGGUACAUCUAGAAUCUACCAUCUGUUAUCAUGGUGCAAGAUGACUGAAAUUGCUGUCAUUUACUUUGCUGUUUAAUUUGUCAGUUUAACACCCGUUAAACACCCGUUCCCCUUUCUUUGCUGUGUAAUGUUGAAAAAAAUGCAUGUUAGUGCCAAGUGUGUCAGUAUUUCAGAAGUACAGUAGGUCAAACGGUCUUGUCUGCAAUGGACAAUGUGUUCUGGGAAAAACACUCAUCACAGGAUCACAGGAGUGUCUAAUACAGCAGUUGCAACAGACCCAAUGGCUCUUUGCUCUAGUUUCUUUUUUUCUAUAUGGACAGUUAUAAGCAUGUCAUCAAGCAGAAAAAGAUAAUAUUUUAUGGAAGAAAACAUGCCUUACUUGCUGUCAUUGACAUAGUGUAGUUUUACAAUAAAGUGGGUGGGGUUGCCCUGGUGGUAUGUUGAUGUGCAUGUUCAUGUGCUGCCAUCUAGAGUUUCAACAUAUGAUACGUAUAAUAUAAUAUGGCUUGAGUUACUUAAAAAUGUGGUCACUUAAAUCUAAAUCUGCUGUUUAAUUUGUAGCCGUGUAGCCACUAGAGUUGCUAUACUCCUUUCUUUGCUGUGUAAUGUCUACAGAUCAAAAAGAUCUGCAUGUUAGUGCCAAGUGUGUCAAGAGGGUGUAAGUAGGCCAGAUGGUCGCAGCUGCUAGUAUAGCAAAACAAGGUCAUGAAUCUUAACCUAAAAGCAAGUGCCCCCUCGUACCCCAUUCUUAAAGGCCAGAGUGGCAUAUACACCCACAGUAGUCCAGCAGGCUUAACGAAGAUCAUAACAUUUUCAAAAAUAUUUUGCAGAAGAAGAUAUCGCCGGUGGUCCCAUGGCGGUUGCUGGUGCCAGCAGGCAAAUGGCCACUAACCUACCUUUUGAAGACUAUAGUGUUUACGGUCACUUAUCUGAGGAAGAGUUGAUUCAUCUGGCCAUUGAACGAAGCCUUACAGAUACCCAUGGCGGAUCUUCACAAGCUGCACAACCCGCUCAUCAGUCUGCAAGUUCACCUGCACAAAUUCAGUCAGAGGCAGAGUAUGAUGGCAUGUCAGCAUUUCGUGAGGCCCGCAGAGAAUAUGCAUCCAGGAGACGGGCCGCAAUGGGCACUCAGACUGUUAAUCCCUGCAGUGAAGGCCAAAAAGAUAAGAAGAGAAGUGAGCAUUCCUAUGCUGGAGACAGGGAGAUGAUGCGGGCCUGGAAAAGAAGAAAUGGAUCUUUGGAGGUUACAGUGACAAUUUUGGAUGAUCCAGUAUCCAAGUUAAAUUCAGCUAUCUGGAAGAAUGAUGCCAAAACACUGAGUGAAAUUCUAGGGACAGAGCCUGCUUUGAGUCUGAGCAAAACAAAUAAGGAUGGUUGGAUACAUUUGCAUGAAGCUGCAUACUGUGGUGCUUUGGAGUGUUUGAAGGUGUUACUAAAAGCUUUUCCUCAGCUAGUCAACACACGAAGCCACAGGAACCAAACCCCUCUGAUAUUGGCUGUUGGUCGUAAACACCUUUCAUGUGCCCAGUGUCUUCUUGCAGCUGGAGGAGAUCCUAACAUAGCCAACACAUCAGGAGAGACAGCUGUAAUGAAAGCUUGUGAGAAGGCAAAUAUAGAGAUGGUGGAGCUUCUUCUGAAAGCCGGAGGCAAUGCUACUCGGAGCAAUCUUGAGGGAUGGACACCUUUACACGAAGCAGUGGGAACCAAAAAUGUCAGCAUGUGUAAGCUACUGGUGGAAGCUGGAGCAAAGAUGUGGGCCAAAAAUAUUUACGGUAUUGAGCCACUGUUCACAGCUGCCCAGGCAGGAGCCACAGAAGCUUUGAACUUCCUGAUUCGACAUGGAGGAAAUAUUGACACUCAAGUUAACGAUGGAGCAUCAGCUUUGUAUGAAGCAUCCAAGAAUGGUCAUGAAGAAGUGGUUAAGCUACUUCUGUCCAAGAGAGCAGAUUUGAACAAAACAACGAAAGCAGGAUUAACUCCUCUUCAUGUUGCAUCAAAGAAUGGACAUUUGGGAGUUGUGUUGUUGCUGCUUCCACGCACCAACAGAGCAGUUGUGAGACGCAGUGGUAUUAGUCCACUCCACCUUGCAGCAGAGCGGAACAGAGAUGGGAUCUUGGAGGUUCUCAUUGAGGCAGGCUUUGAUGUCAACACCCAGCUGUCCAUUGACUGGUCUAAAAUGUAUGAGGACCGUCGCACCACAGCACUCUACUUCACGGUGCGCAGCAGCAACGUAGAAGCAGCCUCCAUGCUGUUAGAGGCUGGUGCUGACCCCAAUCUGGAUGUCUUCAACCCUCUUCUGGUAGCCGUGAGGAAGGGUAAUAUGGAGAUGGCAUCCUUGCUGAUGGAGCAUGGUGCAAAUGUGAAUGCCUGCUUGCCAACACACCCAACCACCUUCCCAGGGGUGCUCCUCUUCUGUAUGAAGUAUAGACUCAUGUUCAAGCUCAUUUUGGAUAAUGGAUGUGAUGCCAAUGCUUGUUUCACUUGUGUUUAUGGAAACGGCACACAUCCUCCAGUCGAGAGCAAACGUUCCACAAGGGAUGAUCUGUACCUACAUGGGCUUGACACUCCUCAUACCACAACAGUACAGUUCUGUGAAGUGUUGGCAGAUCCUUUUCAUUCCCCAUGGGCUGGACCUAUAAUCGAUCUCCUCUUAGAUUAUGUGGGUCAUGUGAAAUUGUGUUCAAGACUCAUUGAACUUCUGGACAGAAACAAAGACUGGGAAUACAUCAAGGAAAAAGCAAGGCCACCUUUCUCCUUGAUGCACCUGUGCCGACUGAGGACCCGCCAGCUGGUGGGAUGGCAGAGACUGAGGAGAAUGUCCAGCCUUCCUCUGCCUGGACGACUCAUCAAGUACUUGUUCUAUGACAACAGAGAGUCUGAGGAUUUCUUGAAUUGUAGUUUAGACUAGACUAAGCGCAUACAGGUUCACUUCCAGUUGCAGAGAAAUGGUAACCUGACGAGCCAGACCCACAUUAAAAUGUAUGGUCUGGGGACUGACAUUAAAAUGUAGGGUCUGGGGACUGCAGUGCUCAGUCCGAGGGGCGGGAUAAUCGGUUGUCUUUCAAAUUCC